AUGACGAUCGAAGUCAUCUACGACGUCCCGCUGAGCUCUCUGAGAGACAAGACGGUGGAUCUCUCUUCCAAGGGCACGCCCAAGCGCUACCGCCUCAUCGACUGCGUGCAAUUCACAGAGAAAGAGAGACUUCGCAUCUACGAGAUGGAGGGCUUCCCAGGUUUCUCCUACUGUGCGAUCUCGUACGUCUGGCGGGGGAACCCGAUCAGCGCCGCGCAUGCUGCGCAGGAGAAGUUCGGCGCCUUCUCGGUGCGCGGCGCGGAGGACGGCGACAAGGUCGGUGUCGACACGCUCAUGCACGCGUGCACUGCCGCGGUGAAGCUCGACACGAAAUACGUCUGGCUCGACAGCCUCUGCAUCAUGCAGACGAGCUCGGCGGACCAGUCGUUCCAGAUCAAGAGCAUGCACCACAUCUACCAGUCGUGCGCGGCGUGCCUAGUACUGCCCGGGGGCAUGCGCCACCUCGUGAGCCUCGAGGCGGACACGGCGUGGAUACAGCGAGGGUGGACGCUGCAGGAGGUCGUCGCGCCGAAGCAGUCGCUGGUGCUGUUCUCGUGGAAGCACGGUUCGGGGCAGUUCAAGCGAUCAAAGACACAUGUGCAUGAGCUCGUCUCGCGGCGGUCAGCGUACGCGAAGCUCACGCAGGUGUUGCAGCUACACACGAGCGACACGGUGUUCACGGGCAGGGACGGUGGCGACCAGCACCUGGACCUCACCAUCCGCAUGUUUGGGAACACGACUGAGGCGAUCAAGAGUCAUGUCUGGGCCCUGCUCGGCGCGAUGCUGCUGUCGAACUUGGACGCGCAAAAGCAUGCCAUCUGGCGCAGCGCGUUGAUGCGCACGUCCUCGCGCCCCGUCGACAUGGUCUUCAGCAUCAUGGGCCUUUUCGGCGUCACCCUCGACCCGAAGAAGUUCGCCAAAGACGACCGCGUCGGCGCAACGAUCGCACUUGCGCAGGCCAUCCUCAAGAAGGGUGGCACCGCGAGCUGGCUUGCGUCCUCUUUCCACUUGCCCCCUAGCAGACAGCUCUCGAGCUUCCCCAUAUUCCCAACCACAACCGUCUCCGGUAAGGCAUACAUCCCUACAAGGAGCCUCGAGGGGCUCGGGCGCGUGGACACCGACCAGCCGAGCGUGCAUGUAGAGAAGGUGAUUGACGGGCGGUGGCCACCUGGCUGGUGGCUGGACCAUGCGCCCAAGGGAAGCAUGGACGACGCAGGGUACCUUAAAUUCACCGCGAAGGCGGCUCCUGCGGUCUUUCUCCGCCGAAAACGCACCGGAUUUCCCGAGACGGCGAACAUGGAUCCAGUGAAUGACCAAGGGUCGACGGUCAUCGCCGCCCUUGACGGCAGCUUCUGGAAGCUGCCAAAGGCAGGCGAGAACGUGCGCAGCGGCUCGAGUUCGUGCGCGUUCAUCGUGUUCAUCGGGAAUGCGAAACUGUAUAACUUCCCGUGGAUAGCGCGCAGGGUAUGGGCCGAGGGGAUGACGUACGGCAUCGUUACGAUGCUCGUAGAAGAGCAUGCGUCCGGAAAAUUCAGCAGGGUGACCUUCGCAUUCUUGGGCGACAGGUUCAAGUCUAUGGUGGAAGGCUGGCACAGCAUGACGCUUAGCGUGGGCGGUCCUCAGGCGCGGGGUUGA